GGCUUUAACUCUUGUUCCAAGGAAACGAAAACUUGUACUUUCAAACAUAAGCAACUUAACUUCCAAAAGAGUCAGACUUGACAGCAAUAAACUCAAAGAAAAAACCUUUAACUUUGUAGCAGAGUUAAAAAUAAAUGCAGAAAAAUCAAUUGUCAACAUCAAACAACAAGAGAAAAGUGAUACACAAGAAUGCAACUUUCAAGACAAUAAUACAAACAACAAGACAAACUGGGCAGAUGAAAGUGAAACUACUGCAGAAAAUAAACUAAAAGAAGAAAGCUCUGAAGCCUCUUCCUCAAACGAAAUACGUAAAAAACCUCUCACAAAUAUAAAUAAACAAACAGAUAAACAACACUUCAGAAAACCCUUAUGUUUCAGAAAUAGUCUAGAAAGCACUGAUAAAAGCUCUACAGAAAUACAAGAAAUACUUCAACCAGUAACAGAGACAACUAGGACAGAGACAAUCCAGACAGGAGAAUUUAAUCCUACAGAAGCAACAGCAGAAACAAAUGAGAUGGAAACAACUGAAAACAAACCAGAAGCUACAAAUAUAUCUACAAAUAAUGAUUUAGCAACAGACAUAGAAACAGAUUUCAUAUCUCACAAGAAAAUAAACAACAACAAUGAAAAAGAAUUCACUCUAAUUACUUCAAGAAAAGGAAAAUAUAAAAACAAGACCAAGAAAGGAGGCUAUUCUCCAUUUACUAGAGUUAACAAAGCAGACAAGAAGAACAACCCUCAAAGAGUUUCUUCUCCUCACAUUUAA